AGACGGGCUGAGCACACACGGAGCGGCGCCAUGCACUACCCUGGGACCGACAGCUAGCCUGCAGAAAUGCCUCCCGAAGACCUCGACCCACCCCGGAAUGCUCGGUCCUGGGCGCACAUUGUGGCGUUAUUUCACUGAUAAAACACCCGGAGAGGGAUUGAGUGCGACAAAAUGGCGAGGUUUUGAGUGAACUCGGUGAGCCGCGGCAGAGGCAGCGGAUCGUUUCCAAAGUUGUCGGUUAGCAAGGCGCGUGUGAAGGAUCGGACUUAAAGGAGCAGUAAAAACCGCAAACAUGGAGAAGCAGCAGAACGAACAGGAGCGAGAGCGACAGUACUGUGAACUUUGUGGGAAAAUGGAGAAUCUUCUGAAGUGUGGUCGGUGCCGGAGCUCCUUUUACUGCAGCAAGGAGCACCAGAAACAGCACUGGAAGAAGCACAAGCUCAUUUGUAAGGAGGUUGACAAGGCGCAGCUUCCCAAACAGAAGCCCGGGAAGGCGCUGCCGCCGCCGGGGGACGCCGAGGGUCCGGAGAAAUCCCGAGACGAGAAAAACCCCAAGCAGGCGGACAGCGCAGCUUUACACGAAACACCCGGGGUCGGUGACAGACCUGGAGACAGCACCGCCACACCUAACGGACAAACUAGCUCAUCCUCUCAGAAACUUGCCAUGGAGUACAUCGUACCGUGUAUGAACAAGCACGGCAUCUGUGUGGUGGACAACUUUGUAGGAACAGACACCGGUCUGGGGAUUUUGGAGAACGUGAAAGCUCUGCACAAAACGGGCAAAUUCACAGACGGGCAGCUGGUUAGUCAAAAAAGCGACUCCACUAAAGACAUCCGAGGGGACAAAAUCACGUGGAUUGAGGGGAGGGAGGCCGGCUGCGAGAAGAUCCUCUUUCUAAUGAGUCGCAUGGACGACCUGAUCAGACAAUGUAAUGGAAAACUGGGAAACUACUCGAUAAAUGGAAGGACAAAAGCAAUGGUGGCAUGUUACCCCGGAAACGGGACAGGCUACGUGCGCCAUGUGGAUAACCCCAACGGCGAUGGACGGUGUGUCACAUGCAUAUAUUACCUUAAUAAAGAUUGGAAUGCCAAGGAACAUGGUGGCCUUCUUCGAAUCUUCCCAGAAGGAAAGGCCCAGUUUGCCGACAUAGAGCCAAAAUUUGACCGUCUGCUGCUGUUCUGGUCAGAUAGACGGAACCCUCACGAGGUUCAGCCCGCUUUCGCUACAAGGUAUGCCAUCACAGUGUGGUAUUUUGACGCGGACGAGCGAGCCAGAGCUAAAGAAAAAUACUUAACAGGUGCAGGAGAAAAAGGUGUAAAAGUUGAACUCGACAAAUCAUCGGAUCCCAGCUAAUGAGAUGCCUGCGUCUCCCCCCCCCCCCCCCCCCAAAAAAAAAAACAGCCAUUAAGUGCUCUGUCCUAAGAAAGUGGCCUAUAGAGUGUGUGUUUUACGUGGAAGAACGGCAGACUUUUGCUUGAGUGGGUGGAAGAUUUGUGAUAAUGGAGACAAAAACAAACACAGUGAUUCUGUUAAUUUUCAGCCAGCCUGGGCAACCCAGCGGACCUUGAAUGUCAUAACAUUGUACUGAAAGGGAUUGUAUGUGUUCCUCCUGUCACUGCUAUGGUGAAGAAUGCUUACAUUACAGCUGACAUCUUCAGAAAAUUGCUUCAAACAGGAAUUGAGCUCAGAGAAAAUCUUCAUCUUUUGUACAUUGGUUUUUGCAGUUAAUUCCUUAAAGGUACAGUGUUCUGCAUAUGCGUCAUGUGUUAUGCUUUUCACAUGGAAUCGGCUGUUAUAAUAAGCUACUGUAUGUGCUUGAGUUUGCAAUAAUUUUAAGAAUGAUCUGAAUAAAAUAAAGUUUCCCUUUUCUGACAGAA